CAACUCUGAAUAUGUUCCAAGCAGUAGGAGGGUGAGAGAGGGAAGCACAAGUUCACAACACGGUGGCAGUAGCUUGCCAAAGAAAAUGGCGGCGAUAUCUCGACUACAACUCCUCCACCACUCAUCUCCGGCUCUCAAACCUUUCUUGCUCUUCCCCAAAUGCCCUCCCUCACCCUCCUACUGCUUCAACCCCAAUCUCCGUCGCAAAUUCUCCUCCACGCCUCUCUGCUCCACCUCUGAUUCAACCCACGAGAGUUCAUCUUCAACGGUUGGAUCGGGAGAGUCUAUAGUGGGGGAUCUUCUGGACUAUCUCAACGAGUCCUGGACUCAGUUUCAUGCGGCGGCUGAAGCUAAACGACAACUAAUUGAUGCUGGUUUUCAUUUGUUAAAUGAGACUGACGAAUGGGACCUAAAGCCUGGUGGACGAUACUUCUUCACACGAAAUAUGUCUUGUUUAGUAGCUUUUGCAAUUGGGGAAAAGUAUGCUGUUGGUAAUGGUUUUCAUGUGAUUGCUGCUCACACAGACAGCCCUUGUCUAAAACUAAAACCAAAAUCUGCAUCGUCCAAGACUGGUCAUCUGAUGGUCAAUGUGCAGACCUAUGGUGGUGGUUUAUGGCAUACUUGGUUUGACAGAGACUUAAGUGUUGCUGGAAGGGUGAUAGUGAGAGGUAGUGACGGAUCUUUUGUGCACAAGCUUGUCAAAGUAAAAAGGCCCCUGUUACGAAUACCAACACUGGCCAUUCAUCUUGACCGCACAGUGAAUAAGGAUGGAUUCAAACCGAAUCUAGAGACUCAUCUGAUUCCCUUACUUUCAACAAAACUAGAAGAAACUUCUCUGGAGUCAAAAGAGAAAAGUACAGCAUCUUCUUCAAAAGCUGCUCAUCAUCCGCUGCUUAUACAGGCUUUAUCAGAUGAGCUGAACUGUGGCAUUGAUGACAUAGUGAGCAUCGAGUUAAAUGUUUGCGAUACCCAGCCUAGCUGCCUUGGAGGUGGGAAGGAUGAAUUUAUUUUUUCUGGAAGAUUGGACAACCUUGCUUCCAGUUAUUGUGCAUUACGGGCACUUAUUGAUUCAUGUAAAUCAUCUAGCGAUUUAUCAAGUGAACAUGCAAUUCGGAUGGUUGCUUUAUUUGAUAAUGAAGAGGUGGGUUCAGAUUCAGUUCAGGGAGCUGGUGCACCAACCAUGUUUCAGGCUAUGAGGCGCAUAGUUAGUUGCUUAGUUAAUGAGUAUGUUGGUGAAGGUGCUUUUGAGCGUGCAAUUCGCCACUCAUUUCUUGUGUCAGCAGAUAUGGCUCAUGGAGUUCAUCCAAAUUUCAUCGAUAAGCAUGAAGAACACCAUCGCCCAGAAAUGCAAAAGGGACUUGUUAUCAAGCACAAUGCAAACCAGCGCUAUGCUACUAGUGGUGUCACGGCUUUCCUAUUCAAAGAAGUUGGCAAAAUUCAUAACCUUCCAACUCAGGAAUUUGUGGUGAGAAAUGACAUGGGAUGUGGUUCCACCAUAGGUCCAAUUCUGGCUUCAGGAGUUGGCAUUCGGACAGUUGAUUGUGGCAUUGCUCAACUUUCCAUGCACAGUGUGAGAGAGAUAUGUGGGAAGGAGGAUGUAGACAUUGCUUACAAGCAUUUCAAGGCAUUCUACCAAACAUUUUCAAGCAUAGACAGGAAGCUGAAUGUGGAUUUUUAAGAUCUAGGCCUACUGGAGAUUAUUUAUUUGCUCACACAGAGAGAGAGAGAGAGAGAGUUCUUCAUCAAAUAAAUCUUCAGUUCAUUAUAUUAUUUUUCAUUGCUAUGAAAGAAAUGUCAGAACUGAAACUGUAGCAAGGUACAUGAACAUAAAAAACAGGGAUGCCAUCAGUCCUUUUCUCUGUAUGGAGAUCGAGGCAACUGUAAUCAUAUGUCAAGAUUUGUUGGAACUAACUGGACCUGGGGCAGAAGUGGAGCUGAUAUUGUGGCUAGGGUUGUUGGUAUUUAUUUUUUCUUCGGAGAGUUUCUGCUUCAGUUCAGAUAACAAAGCCUGGUUCUCCUGGUUUA